ACGCGCAGUUGGACAGUGCGCAGGCAACAGCUGAAAUGAACAGAGAGCGGUGCAGUGUGUGUAUGCCUCUGGAUCUAAUAUCACCUACCUGUCCUUGUCACUCUGAUAGUCAGCCGAGGUAGCCGCUGUUUACCACCGAUGCUAGUAUGGCAGCACUCAAUGGCCCAUUUUAAAGCAACUUUAAACAGAAAGGUUUCAUCUCAGCCGCAGGAGGAACCGCUCUGCUGUGCGUAUUUUUGGAGAACAGAACACAUUCCGCAGACGGACUUUCCGCUCAUCCUUGCUGUACUGAAGGGACUUACUCUGCUUUUGACAGCCGGCUUUGCGAUCUUCUACCGAUGAACUCUAUGAGGGAUCCAUUAAACAUAGGCCAUCACCACGUUACAGGGAAUAAACUUGCCUCCACGCACCACACGGCUCUGGCGAUGGCUUCCACUUUACAGCCGCUGCAGCGGUCUGUGGACUCUAAACACCGGUUAGAGGUGCACACGGUGUCGGACACGUCCAGUCCGGAGUCUGUCGAAAAAGAAAAGAACCAAAACAAAAAUGACGACUCCUCAGACGACCCUAAAAAGAAGCGGCAGCGGCGGCAGAGGACUCACUUCACCAGCCAGCAGCUGCAGGAACUGGAGGCCACCUUCCAGCGGAAUCGCUACCCGGACAUGAGCACGAGGGAGGAGAUAGCCGUGUGGACCAACCUCACAGAGGCCCGGGUCAGGGUUUGGUUCAAGAACCGGCGAGCCAAGUGGAGGAAACGGGAAAGAAACCAACAAGCCGAGCUCUGCAAGAGCGGCUUCGGCCCGCAGUUCAAUGGACUCAUGCAGCCCUACGAAGACAUGUACCCCAGCUACACGUACAACAACUGGGCCGCCAAGGGCCUCACGUCGGCCUCUUUAUCCACCAAAAGCUUCCCUUUCUUCAACUCCAUGAAUGUCAACCCCUUGUCCUCGCAGACCAUGUUCUCGCCGUCCAACUCCAUAUCCUCCAUGACUUCAGGCAUGGUGCCAUCGGCGGUGACCGGCGUGCCGGGCUCCAGCCUCAACAGCCUCAAUAACUUGAACAACCUCAGUAACCCGUCUCUCAACUCGGGAGUGCCCACCUCGGCGUGCCCCUACGCGCCUCCGACCCCUCCCUACGUGUAUAGGGACACUUGUAACUCCAGCCUGGCCAGCCUGAGACUGAAAGCCAAGCAGCACUCGAGUUUUGGAUACGCGAGUGUGCAGAAUCCGGCCACUAAUCUGAGCGCUUGUCAGUACGCUGUGGACAGACCAGUCUAAUACCUACCUGCACUGCAAAAAAAGUAACCACCAUAGCGAGUCAUUAUAGGCUAGUGACACUUAAAGUGUUAUUUUUCUCUAAAAGGAGUGGGGGAACCUGGCAGAUAAUUGCACUUGUGUCAUGAGAUUUAUGGAAUUUCUUGAUCAUGUGGCAUUUUCUUGGUACUAGUUGGAGUGAGACAUGCAUUUUUCUGACUUUUUCUUCAAAAUAUUGCCACUUGUUUCUUGAAAAUCCCCAAACUCUCCAUUACUAACAAGUGAGGAUAUUCCAUCCAGUUAUUUUGGGGGGGAAUUAUACAUUGAGGGUGAUUAAACGACCAAAUGGCUUGUUGUGGUGGUCAUUUUUUGCAGUGUGUGGGUAAUCACAAACAGCCGGCCGCAGGAACAAGAGACUACUACAACUACUUUUUCAUUUUUUUCAAAAAGGGCACUAUAUAAGACUGAACCACUGAAACAAGCUCAACUCCAGAUCGGAGUCAAACUGAAACGGGAGGUUUUAGGUUUAUUCCCUCUUUUGAUGAGUCCAGGCCUGCUUCACACUGCACCACCGUUUUAAAAAAAAAAGAAAGAAAAAAAGGCCUGUUUUAUUUUUCAUAUCUCGUCAUGAGGUUUUUUUUCUGGUGGACUUUGGACGUUAAUUGUUGACUAAUAAGGUUGUAUAUAUUUGAAUUAUCAUCUCCCGUUUGUCGAGGCGAAUGCGCUAUAACCCUCCAGUCCUAUCCAGGUUCAAUUUAUCAACGCAUGUGGAAAAGAAAAAAAAAAAAAAACCUUAAAAAAGGAAUCAUGUUUUGCUUGCAAACAAAAGGGAAUGUACAUACUAAAACGCACCAGUUGUGUGUUUCUAACAUAUUAUAAAUUUAUUAUUAAUGUCUGUGUGAAUAUCGAUUUAGAAUAGCAAUUCUGGAUUUAAAAAAAAAAAGAAGCAUAAAAAAAUGUUCCUGCGACAAAUUAUUUGGUUUUUGCUCUGUGUAUACUAUUUGGUACGGAAUUAUGUUUUGUUUUUUUUCAACAUCCAAAAAAACUAUUGUGUUUUAUUUAAUGGAAGUAAAUAUAUUGUUCAAAAGCAUUCUGAUGUUAUUGAAUCUUUGUGUUGCUAGUCUGUUAGUGGGGUGUAAAGCAAUGACAAGUCUGUCUAUAGCCUUUCGAUUGUGUGAGACGCUUGUGCGGCUAAUCUAUAGAGGAAAACAAUGGGCCGCUCCAAUACACAUAGCAGCGAGAUGCUCCGUCAGAUUAACUGCUGAAUACAUGUCUGCCCGCUCAGCCAAGGGCCUCGGCGGGUCACUGGUGCUUGAAAUAACACGGGAAUCAACAAACAGGAGUUGGACCACACAACAGUGACAGUCCAUUAGGGUUUGUUUUUGUGUCUCAGAAGACUUUGUAGUUCUCUGGAAGGGAUUAUUAGAAAACCUAGAAUCCACAUCUUUAA